AUGCCCGUUCUACGUUGCCUUGACCUGAACGUCAAGCCGGGUCAAACAGUGGCAUUUGUGGGUCCCAGCGGCUAUGGCAAGAGCACCGUGAUGCAACUGUUGCUUUGCUUCUACGAUCCGGAUGAGGGAGAGCUUAAGUUCGCAAGCCCGCUCGAUUUGCUCCUUAUGUUCACUGGGUCCUUGUGUGCUGUGAUCAAUGGAGUUUGCUACCCCGGCAACCAGGUAUUGUUCACCAAAAUGCUUGGAGAUCUUGUGGAUAGGGGAUUGUUGAGAGACCAAUUGGAGAGUAUCCCAGAGUUCAUCGUGCCACGAAACAUCACACCCCAUGAUGUGUUCUCGAACAUAGACAAAAUCACCGCCUAUUGCACAGAAUUGUAUAACUACACAAACGGAACGAUCAAUUGUGACGACCUGGACGUGGAUGACAAUAUAGACACGUUGAUGAAUGAGAACAUCGCUUUGAUUCACACCGGAAUUGGCGACCAGGUGGGAGUGGCUCUUCAGUAUGGUGCCACUUUUGUCUUUGCCUACUGCAUGAGCUUCUUCUAUAGCUGGAAACUGUCUCUGGUCAUGGUGAGCCUUAUGCCGCUGAUGAUUCUGUCAUCUGGAGUCUCCUCAGGGAUAAAUGCAAAACUUGCAGGUAAAAUGCGAAUUGCCUACGCUAAAGCAGGCGCCAUAGCUGAAGAGGCUUUCUCGGCAAUACGUACAGUGGCGGCAUUUGGAGGGGAGGAUGUCGAAGGAGACAGGUAUUGCAACAACCUGCAUGCGGCUAAAGAUGUUGGAGUCCGCAUGGGAUUGGUCAGUGGUGUCGGGAAAGGCUUCCUAUGGAGCAGCCUCUUUUUCGCCAACGCCAUGGGGUUUUGGUACGGAGGGAAGCUGGUACGGCACGACGACAUAGAGGUUUCCGAGAUGUUCACGGUUUAUUUUUGCAUUUUCUUGGGCACGAUGGGAGCAGGAUUUGCAAUUCCAGCCUGGGAUGCGUUUCGGGUUGGACAAAGCGCUGCCUAUGGAGUGUUUGAGAUCAUUAAGCAGAAACCGAACGUUGACAACCUGUCCACGGCGGGACUGACACCAUUGUCUAUCUCCGGCUCCGUGGAGUUCCGCAACGUCAAUUUCAGCUACCCGACUCGACCUGAUGUGGUGAUAUUCUCUGAUCUAAGCUUGACAGUUCCUAAGGGUCAGACAGUCGCUUUUGUUGGUUCUAGCGGGUGUGGAAAGAGUACUGCUACCCAGCUGCUGCUGCGCUUUUACGACGUGCUGGGAGGGAAGGCAAGUACCCCUAGCGAAGAGGAUUUCCAGGGUUCCAUCGUAUCGCGACCAGAGGCUUUCCUACGCUUAGCUAAGCUAAGCAGACCAGAGGCUCUCUACAUCUUCUGUGGCUGCUUGGCCUCCUUCCUCAUCGGCUCCAUAGACCCAACUUUUGGUGUUCUUGUUGGCGGUGUCACUAAGGAAUCUACUCUGGCUGUAGCUGGACAGGCCCUCACGCUUCGCAUGAGAGACAUUUUGUUCCGGUCAAUGAUCAAGCAGAGAAUAGAAUGGUUUGACGACCAACGACAUGAACCUUCCGUGCUUACUACUAGACUGGCUACUGAUGCUUCGCUUGUCCAAACGGCAUCAGCUACAACCUUUGGAUUAUUCCUUUAUGGAGUUGGAGCUAUUUUUACUGGAAUGACUUUGGGCUUUAUCUUUGGAUGGCGCCUAGCUUUUGCAAUUGGCGGGUUUAUGCCUCUUCUUAUGUUCGGUGGAUAUCACCAGAUACGCGUAUUGGCAGGACGAACCCAAGCUGGAAAUGCUGUCAUGGCCAGAACCACAUCGCAUGCAAUGCAAGCCGUCGGUAAUAUCCGAACAGUCACGUCUCUGACCAAAGAGCCGUACUUUCUAAAGAAGUUUGAGGAAGCGCUGCAUGAUGAUAUGUCGGCUUCGGCCAAAAAUCUCUUAAUCUCCGGACUGACCUACGGCUUCUCACAGAGUACCUAUUACUACUGCUUUGUCGUCUGCUUCUACUACGGAGGUCAUCUGCUUGUUAACGAUGACAUUGAGUUUUAUGACAUGAUCAAGGUGUACUGUUGUAUGGCCGUGUCGUCAGUGUUCAUGGGGCGUGCUGUGGGGUUUGUACCAGAUCUCGUCAAGGCGUGGGACGCUGCCAGACAUAUCCUGACCCUGGCAGAUGAGUCACCGGUCACAAGGUAUCAGAGUGGACUGGAACCAAGCAGUGAGACUGCCAGACGGCCAAUUCGCUUUUCUAAAGUGUCUUUCAAAUAUCCUAUGCGUCCGGAAGUGAUGGUUUUGAAUGACCUCAACCUGACAGUAUCAACGGGUCAGACACUGGCGUUGGUGGGCCAAAGUGGAUGCGGUAAAAGUACAACAGUGCAGCUAGUGGAGCGGUUUUACGAUCCUCUGAGCGGAUCAAUUCACUUGGGUGAUUAUGACAUACAGAGUUUAAACUUGAAGUGGCUGCGACAGCAAAUGGGCCUUGUGUCACAGGAACCUGUCCUGUUUGAUCGCAGCAUCGCGGAGAACAUCGCCUACGGAGACAACAGUCGGGUGGUGCCUCUGGCAGAAAUCAUAACUGCCGCCCGGUCUGCCAAUAUACACAAUUUUAUUCAAGGUUUGCCUUUGGGCUACGAUACAAUGGUCGGAUCUAAGGGCACUCAACUCAGCGGUGGCCAGAAACAAAGAGUCGCAAUCGCCAGAGCCUUGGUCAGAAACCCCAAAAUAUUGCUACUUGACGAAGCCACGUCAGCACUGGACACAGAGAGUGAGCAGGUCGUACAAGAAGCCCUGGACAAAGCCAGAGAGGGACGCACAUGCAUUGUGAUUGCUCACAGACUAAGCACGAUCAAGCACGCGGACAAAAUUGUCGUGUUCAGUGAAGGGAAAAUGGUGGAGGAAGGCUCGCACGCCCAGCUCAUGGCCAGGCACGGAGUCUACUACAAAAUGUGUAAAACUUAAAAGUGACACAUAAUCAUGAGU